CUUGAGUUCCCACCAGAUUUAUUCUCGCACCGAGCCCGAAAACGGGGGCUGUUCUCAUACACAUGGCUGUCGCCAUCUACAUGUUCUACGCUCUCGCCGUCGUCUGCGACGACUAUUUUAUCGCCUCUCUCGAAGAAUGCUCUCAGCGCCUCAAUCUAUCCGACGAUGUCGCAGGAGCGACUUUCAUGGCGGCGGGAUCAUCGGCCCCUGAAUUGUUCACGGCGAUCCUCGGUGUUAUCGUGGCCAAAGGCGACGUUGGAACGGGAACCGUGGUGGGAUCCGCGGUCUACAACGUUCUCUUCGUCAUUGCGAUCUGCGGCCUGUGCGCGGGAAGAGAAGUGCCGGUCACUUGGUGGCCUCUAUUCCGUGAUUCAAUCUUCUACGCGUUCACAGUCGUUGUCCUGAUAAUCGUGAUUGCCGAUGCGAAGAUCUCUGCCACCGAAUCGAGUGUUAUGCUCCUUCUUUACGGACUCUACAUCCUCUUGAUGAAAUUCAACCGCAUGCUGCACCUAAUGGUCGCGACGAAAUUCGGCCUAUCAGAUGCCGUACAGAGCCGCGAAAUGGACGUCCUGACCGGGAACAACCAGAACAGCUACGCUUCUGGCGGUAUGACUUCGUGUCAAAUCGGAUUCUACGAAGCCGCUUUGAUCAUCAUGUGCUCGUACAAUUUCAAACCCAAAACUCGUUUCUGGGCUGCCGCGAAGCGAAUCAUGCACAAUCGGCAGAAGAGUCAACAGAAGCUCUAUCAAAGGUAUACCCGCAGUGAGAACAGUCCAUACGCGGCGGCAUCCCGAAAAUACAACUGGCGGAUUCGACCCCCUCUCGAGAAUGGUUUGAAACAGCAAGCAAUCUAUUGGAUCAAGGUGCCACUUCUCGCUAGCCUGGAAUACACCAUACCAGACUGCAAAGCCAGCCCAAAUAGCAAAAUGUUUUUGGCGACGUUCGCCAUGUCCAUCUUUUGGACAGCUGUUUUCUCUUAUCUGAUGGUGUGGAUGGUGACCCUCAUCGGGUUCACCCUUGGCAUACCGGACUCUAUCAUGGGCAUCACCUUCCUGGCGGCGGGGACGUCGAUACCCGAUGCGUAUGCUUCGCUACUUGUCUCUAAGCAAGGACAAGGGGACAUGGCAAUUGCGAACUGCUUCGGUUCGAACGUUUUUGACAUUCUGGUGGGACUCGCGGUUCCGUGGCUAAUCCAAACGACGUGGAUCGACCCCUCAAAAUACGCGGUAAUCUCCUCGAAGGGACUUCUCUAUACAGUUUUCCUUCUCUUCUUGACGAUCAUUAUCACAAUCAUUGCAAUUCACCGCAGCGGCUGGUAUCUUACCAAGAGCCUAGGCGCUUUUCUGAUGAUAAUCUACGUUGUCUUUCUCGUGCUAUGCUCGGCGAUCGAGUUCAAUGUGUUCGGCAACGUCAAUCCUCCGACGUGUCCCGAACCGGGCAUGUAA